AUGGUUGGCAUCAGACAGCUCUCUCUCGGAGCAACUCUCCUACUCAGCCUCGCUCAGCGAGCUGUUUGCGACCCAACCGAAACUCAAGACUUGAGUGCUCGAGAUUGGGAAAACAUCGACCAGCUCAUGGAACGAGACCUUGAGAUCCGUAAGGGAGGCGGCGGUCGUGGCGGAGGCGGUGGUGGUGGUGGUGGCGGUGAAAAUGGCUUCCCUGGAUAUGAGCCCUCCGUGGCGGCGCCGACAAGGGCAGCUAUAGACAUGGCCGCAAAGGCCGACGAAGCCUCGAGAUCCGCAAGGGAGGUGGCGGCCGCGGUGGUGGUGGUGGUGGUGGUAGUGGUGGCGGUGAAAAUGGCUUCCCUGGAUAUGAGCCCUCCGGGAGGAGGUGGCCGUGGUGGGGGAGGAAGCGGCGGCUCCGAGAAUGGCUUCUCGGGUUAUACGCCUGGCGGCAGUGGUGGUGCUGAUAAGGGCAGCCAUAGACAUGGUAGAAGGAGCCUCGAUAUUCGAAAAGGAGGCGGUGGACGAGGUGGUGGUGGUGGUGGUGGUGGUGGUGGCAGCGAAAACGGUUUCUCUGGCUAUACACCUGGUGGCAGCGGCGGUGCUGACAAGGGAAGCCAUCGACAUGGCCGCAGAAGGAGUCUCUAG